UAUUUUUUUAUAAGCCCCCAAACCCAACCCCGGUUAUCCCAACCCCGGUUAGCUUAUCCCACCCCUUGGUGUUCGUAUUUAUAUUCUCCCCUUGUCCGAAGCCAGGCUACAGCCUUAAAGGCGAAGCACCGAGAGCAAGAGAAAGAGAGAGCGAGAUGGCGUUCGGCGAAGGAAAUCAUCAUCAUCCGACAGUCCAGGUUCCUCCGUGGACUAUGUUUGAUGAUCCGACGGCUGGGAUGCAGGUAUCCUUCCCCGUCAGCGGCGUCACCGGCGAGGCGGUGCUCGCCGCGCUGCAGCGCUUCCUCCCGUCGAAUAACGAGCCGUUGGACGACUCGGACGAGCCGCUGGACUCGGCGCUCGACGCGUUCUCCUGCGACGAGUUCCGGAUGUACGAGUUCAAGGUGCGGCGGUGCCCCCGAGGGCGGUCGCACGAUUGGACGGAGUGCCCGUACGCCCAUCCUGGCGAGAAGGCCCGCCGUCGGGACCCCCGCCGCUUCCACUACUCCGGCGCCGCCUGCACGGAGUUCCGGAAGACCGGCCGUUGUGAGCGCGGCGACGCUUGCGACCUCGCCCACGGGGUGUUCGAGAGUUGGCUCCACCCGACGCGGUACCGCACCCAAUUCUGCAAGGACGGCACCGCCUGUCGCCGCCGCGUCUGCUUCUUCGCCCACACCCCCAACCAGCUCCGCGUCCUACCGCAGAGCCCUCGGUCGCCGACGCAGCCGGCGCCCGAGUCGUACGACGGAUCGCCGGCCCGGAGGUCUAAGAAUCUGAUCUCGUCGCCGAGAUCGACGCUGAUCUCGCCGUCCGUGUCUCCGACGUCGGAGUCGCCGCCGGUGUCGCCGGUGGGGGAGCAGGCGAUGAACGAGGUCCUGACGGCGAUUAGGAAUCUGCAGCUGAGCAAGGCGAAGUCGGUGCCGUGUUCUUGGAGGGUUGGGAUGGUUGGUGGUGGUGGGUUUGGAUCGCCUAGGGGAGUUGGGGCGUUCAGGGCGGGGUUUGCUAGCUUGCCGGCGACGCCGACGGCGGCGGGUGGUGGCGGGUUAGUGUGGGCGGAGGAGGAGACGGAGAAGGAUGGAAGGGGAACGAGGUUCGAGGUUUUGGGUGAGGAGGAAGCGGUAGAGGGGUGUUCGGACGCAGGCGGAGGCAGCGCCGCGGUGCCGGACUUGGGGUGGAUUUCGGAGUUGGUGAAGUAAUCGCUAAAUGGGUCCUUUUCCGGCGAAGGAAAGGAGAGAGCUUAUGAGGGGGGGGUUAUUUGGCUGCCUGAUUUAUUUCAUAAUUGUUGAUAUCAACUCGGGGAAAAAAAAGAAAAGAAAAGAAAAGAAAGAGAGAGAGAUAGAGUGAGUGAUACUGUGUAUAUAUUAUGGGCAUAAAAUCUGGGAGCACGCUCAAGCAUUGGUACACUGCUUUGGCAUCAAAAAAAAAUGGCGAGAAGAAAAAGAGUUGUGAAUUCUACGAGGUUGUCGAGUGGAUUACUGAUGCUGAAGACCUACCAGACGAGGCUGUCUCCUUUUUAUUUUUAUUGUGAGGAUUAAUUUUUGUUGAAUUUUUUGGCCCCUUUUUUUCUGGAAGUUAAUUCCAUUGUCAAAAUUUCCAUUUGAAUGUAAAUAUGAUGUUCGGGUACUGCAAGAACUUGUAAUUUUCUUAUCAUAUGCAAUAUUUUUUUCUUUUUUCUUUUAA